UUCGCACGUUUAUUAGUUGCAAUGCACACGUCGCGCUUUGAGCUACAGAGUACUAUUCCGUCAGAGCUACACUAGCGGUCACCCCGUGCUAUAUCAGCUCAGCUUUACUGUAAUACUUCACCCUAUAUUACGCUCUUUUCAAUUAGACGACACGGCCAUACAAUGCGCGCACAGCACACCGCUCACUCGCUUCCUGCCUUUCCAGUAUAUUCAUGUGCAUUCGUGGCCUCCAACCAGAUGGUCGUCGGAGGCGGAGGUGGUGCUGCCAAGACUGGAAUUAAGAACAAAUUAAGGCUAUUCAAUGUCUCCCAAGACAGACAGCUUAAAAUGCUCUGUGAGCAUGAGCUGGAGAAAGGCGAGGACGCCCCUAUGAGUAUUGCAGCUCACCCAGAGAGCAGAAGCUUUAUCUGUGGAAUUAACAGUUCCAAAGAAUGCCUAGAGAAGGGCGAAAAUGAGAACUGCAGGGUGUUUUCAAUCAGUGAAUCUGAAAACGCCCUAAUUAAAGGAGCUACACGAGGUACAUUGCCCUCGGGAGCUCUUGAGGACUACCAGCGCGUAACCGUCAUAUCACCGGAUGGAAAAUUCCUGGCAGUGGCCGGCGAACGUGAUUUGUCUCUUCUCGCAUUUCCUUCUCUUUCUCCUAUCGCCCAGUCUGUCCAAGUACCCAAAGGUGAAAUUUACGAUGUGACAUUCUCAUCGACACACCUUGUACUGGCCACUAGCCUGAACCUAUUAGUAUACGCACUUCCAAAGCCACCUUCGGAAAAUAGUGGUGAGAAAUCACCAAAGAAAAAAAGGGGCAAACAAAAAGGUAAAGGCAAGGAGAAGGAAAUACCUUCUAGGACACCGAGCCAGACUCCUGAACUGCGACUUGUGGACACCAUUGACAUUCCUUUGGUUCCUGGCGCUCCUGCACAGUCUGUUGUAACAUUUCGCGCAGCACGCUUUCACCCUUCAGACUACAACACGUUGUUUACGGCGGUCAAUACUGUCGCGCCUCGCGUGAAGAAAUCAAAGACGGGCAAAAAGCAGGCUUACAUAUUGAAAUGGAGAGUCGACCUUAAUGGAGAGCAGAAUUCUGCUCGGUCCAUAUCAAUGGAGGGCUCCCGCAAAGCGGGUGACGGUGGCUUGACGUGUUUUGACGUUAGUCCUAAUGGGAAGUUCCUUGCUUUCGGUUCAUCAGACUAUUCGCUGGGAAUGGUGGACAGUACCACUUUAAGCCCGCUCUUGUCUAUACUCAAAGCCCACGAAUUCCCUAUCACUACUGUUCGUUUUAGCCCUACCUCAACGUUACUCGUAUCCGGUGGUGCUGAUAGCUCGAUACGGAUCGCUACUGUACCAGAGGAGUUUGCUGGCCAAUCAUGGACCAUGAUCAUUUUGAUUAUUCUGGCCCUUCUUGUUAUAUUGGUGGCAUUUUUGUUGCAAAAGUAGGCAUUAUGUCACUGUCAGAACGUUUAUUGCAGUGGUUAGUCUACGGACCUUAUGUGGGACUUUAUCCACAGACAUUUAUGGUUCAUUAUCCCAGCAUAUAUAUAUUAGAGUAGGCUACAAUACAUGUUCAAAGCACUUUUACAGCCUUCGCAAAAAAAACCUAAU